CAAUACACGAUACGGACGCAUCCCUGCUGUCGGUGGAAGAAUCGAUAGUUCCGAUACGCGAUCGAGCUUUCGAGAGGAAAAUUCUAAGCGCAGUGUCUCACUGAAAGGCACUCAGGAAGACGAACCAUCCGUGUUGUUGAUUGCUAGUGAGUUCGGGAAGAUCGCGAUCGCGAGCCGCUGUGGAGCUUUUGGGGCUAACAAACUGAUCCGGGCGGCAGUGUUGAGUCACAUGCGAAUCACCGUGCACCAGAAGUCAGUGGGUGGCGCAGAAUAUCGUUACAUAAGUUAGAUCGGGUUGUACUGUGACUUGUGUUGUUGCUGCAGUCGAUCGUUAUUUUGGGUACGAUGAGAACAACAACUGUGCGAAAUUGUUGUUUAUGAAUGUUUUUGGGAACGAAGAAGUAACGUGAUCCUUGUUGAUUUUGUGAGUUAACCGAAGCUUAGAUAUUAGAUCAAUGAUCUUUUUGGUGUGAUAACCUUGAAACGUGGUGAUAUUUCGACUGGAAGAACAUGUGAUAUUGUGGGAAUUGCUAAGUAUUGUAAAAUUGACAGUGGUAGCGCAGAAGAAAUGUAAAAUAAAAGGAUUUGAACGAGCGUUGAAUUGAAGAAGACACGAACCCAUCAAGCAUUACAACGAUCAUCCAUCCAGAACUUCGAGCAGAACACGUCAUCUUAUGUCAACAAAAAGCAACUCAAGUGUAUGAAAAGUAGUAAACAAAUCAAUUUGAUCGAUCAAGAGUGCAAAGUGACCAUAGGCAAGAAUUCAUUGAACCCAACGUGAUCGAUAAAUUAAUCCUGGAAAAACACCAUCGAGAAUUCCAGAUCAGUCAGUAUCAGUGUGAACGUGAACAAAAAUAUCCAAGAAAACAAGUCAAACAGGAAUCAAGUGAUCCCUCUGGAUCAAAUGGCAAGUGAGUGAGACCGAACCGUUUUGCGGGGUGCACAUUAGAGUGAGACAGCGAAAUCGGGAAUAAAUUGCGACUUUACGCGUCUGGAUCCGGAGAUAUUGAAACGAGAAGAGCCUGUGGGAUCCGUAGAUUAGCAAACUGCAUGAUCUCACAUUUUAUUUCCGCAAGUGCAACUGCAUUCUCGCAGUCAGUCAGUGUGAAACCCACAACCUUAAAACCAAGUGAUUUGAAUAAGUUAGAACGCAAUUCCCGGCUCGGAAAUCGAUCCCCCGGGAACAAGUAUUUGUGAGUGAUUGAUUGUGGCCAACGGAUCGGGAGUCAUCCCCGUCGCCGUGAGAACACGUAAAUGCAAAAAUUAGCAAUCUUGCAAGAACUUCAUCCAAUCCAGCAGGGAGCUUCAAUCAUCAUAAACACUCAAUUAUCAUGUGUCUCGUAAUCGUCUGAGGUUGUUACACCACACUCCGCAUUCAAUAAAGAUAAAUCAAAUCGUAAUCUAUGGGCAACAAAUAGAGGCAAAAGCUAAUAACCAUGGCCGGAACGCAACCACCCCGGAGCGUGACGCCGACGGUCCAGCAGGACUACGACGUGACGCGUAUGCGCGAGGAGGACUUUGAGCGGCUGGCCGUCUACAUCGUGCCGGAUGUCCCGUGCGAGAAGGGCAUGCCCAACCGGGCGGACAAAACCCUGCCCCGCAGUCUGACGCUCAAACCCUCGCUGGUUCUGUCGACGCCAACGGCGACGACGGAAGGAGUAUGGAGUACCGGAGUGAUACCUCGCGGUACUCGGUUUGGCCCCUUCGAGGGCGUUCGGACACCCAGCCAUCCCAGUGACAAGCAGCUGUGGCGGUAUUUCUGGAGGGUGCAAGAGCUGCGACAUGUUUCCUAUGGGAAUAUCAAGAUAUUCAAAGACAGCGACUUCUUCUACCUGGACGGCUCGGACCCGGCCCAGUCCAACUGGAUGCGGUACGUCGCAUCGGCGUACAGCUUCUCGGUGAUGAAUCUGGUCGCCUGCCAGCACCAGGAGCACAUCUACUUCUACACCAUCCGGGACAUCAUGCCCAACGAGGAGCUGAUGGUUUGGUACUGCCGGGACUUUGCCAAACGGCUCGGCUACGACAUCGACCCGGAACGGGCGACCUACUCCAUAUGUCGGGAGGAAACGCUCAAGAAAACGUACGGAGCGAUCGCGAAGGCACCGGUCCCGGCCGAGGUGGCCUACAACCACGUCAAGCACGUGAUGGGCUUGGGGAUGUACAUGCCGGCGAUACGGACUGCCCCCACGCCAAGCCCUUCGCCACCGGCCCCGGCAGUUCCGAGCACCACGACAGUAGUAGUUCCUCCCAAGCACCAGGUCCACCAGACGGUGCUCCGAGAGCCGAGAAAUUCGGUUGAACACCACCGGGAUCGAUCACCAAUCAGGGUCAUGGUCCGGGAACAGAGCCCACUGAGGGAAAGUGCAAAAGAAGCCGAUGCCAACUCUCCGAUCUCACAGAAUGGCAAGGAAGCCCACUACGAGCAUCAGCUGACGCCGAACGACGGAUCGGUCAGGUCGGACGAAGGAUACCACAGCAAUGGGUAUCACGAGGAUGCCUUCACUCCACCGGAGGACUCCAGCGAUAGCGAGAGUGAACACAACUACGUACUAGAUUGCUCGAAGAAAGCGAUCGAACCCAAGGAAACCAGCGUCAGCCAGAAGGUUGAAAUUUGUGAUAAAAACGAGUACCGAAAAGUCAAGAUGAAAAUGCCAUUGAAGUAUGAGUUCAAAAACAACAAGAACUUCAAAUCGCCAAGCGAUAAGGAAGACUUGGUAGAGGAGGAAGAGGUCGUCACAACCAGGGAGGUCACGCCGGCCACCAGCACAGUGAUUGUGGUGGACACAUCCCCAGAGACAACCAUCGUUCCCGUAACCAAAACGUAUUACGAAGCGGAGACGUCCACAUCUCCCGCCACUUACAUCCGAUAUUCCCCGCCAAGUUCAAGUAUUCUGGAAACGAUCCUCACCGGCAGCCGACCUCCGGUGGAUGAUCCUCACCGGCGACAACCGAACGCAACGCCCCCUCCAACCUCCCCCACGGAGAUGGCCUAUUCGUACAAAAAAUCGCAUCGAUACGGCACCGCAUGCAGCCCAGACUCGAGCUCACAGAACGCCGAUCGCGAAAUGGCUGACAGCGGCCCCCAAAUCAUACAGGAAACCAAGAUCAUCACCGUGGACCAUCGUGAAUCUCAAUCACCCACCCUGAUCUACAGCAGCGAGCUGCGACCGCAGUCAACGCAUUCGCCAGGCCCCUACGAAUCAUCCCCGCACAACUACGCCAUCUAUCCCUCAUCGAAUGGAUCCGUGAUCAACAACGCUUCUAGCUCGACCUACUCGCCACCCCUGAACGGUGGCCACUACGAGAGACUGACAACGCAUACAAUCCAGUCCCCGCACGGUUUUGUACAACUCCAAGCCAAGGGUCAACUCCCGCUGGGACAUCCGCUGAUGCAGCCACUUCCCCCGCUAACACACAUGUCUCCCGGACGAUGCUCACCGCCCAGCAGUCUCAGCCCGGACGGUGGCUCCUACUCGCGAAGUGGAAGCCCCAUGAGUCCGGGAAGUCCUGGAUCCCGGGGCUAUCGCAGUCUGCCAUACCCACUUCGUAAACGAGACGGCAAAAUGCACUACGAGUGCAACGUCUGCAGCAAGACCUUCGGGCAGUUGUCCAACCUCAAGGUUCACCUGCGAACCCACUCCGGCGAAAGGCCCUUCAAGUGCAACGUCUGUACCAAAUCCUUCACCCAGCUUGCCCACCUCCAGAAGCACCAUCUGGUGCACACCGGCGAGAAACCGCACCAAUGUGAUAUCUGCAAGAAGCGGUUCUCCUCCACGUCGAACCUGAAGACCCAUUUGAGGCUACACAGCGGCCAGAAACCGUACGCAUGCGAUCUGUGCCCGCAGAAGUUCACCCAGUUUGUGCACCUGAAGCUGCACAAGCGGCUGCACACCAACGAUCGGCCGUACGUAUGCCAAGGUUGUGAUAAGAAGUACAUCAGUGCUUCCGGACUGCGAACCCACUGGAAGACGACGAGCUGCAAGCCAAAUAACCUGGAGGAAGAGCUAGCGCUGGCCGCUGCCGCCACUUCCGAGUGCAUAGAUAAGGAUCAACCGGACAGCAACGACCAUCGAGACUACUACGAGCUGCAGAACCAUCCGGCCUCUCCAGUGGCACCCCAUCAACUGAGGCACGUAGUGAUCGGGAACGGGUCUCCCCCGACGCUUCUCGGACUGUCCCCGCAACACCCGAGCCACCUGAUCCAAGUCCACUCCGCAUCGGAAGCGAUCAUCCAAAAAGUCGGCAAACUACCCUCCAGCGGUAACAGCCCUUCCUCCACGACCACCACCACCACGACAAACAACAACAAUCCCAACAUGCUGAACGGAAACGUGCACUUCCUGGGUGGUCCCCUGCCGCCGCAGGGAGUUCCACCGCACCUGCAGCAUCACCCGCAUCAUCACCCGCCGCACCACCAGCAUCAACCUCCGCCGGCAUCGAUCAGCGUUGUGGGUCAUCACAAUGGUGGUGUUGGCGGCGGCGGAGGGACUCCGCCCAGUCAACUGGAUCCGCCGACCAGCCGACCCAGCGUGAUCGAGUCCAGCCAGAUGAUCAUCGAGUGCACGUAGCUCCCGCUGCCCGCAGCAGCCCCCCUCCGGCAGGACAGUGUCAUUAGGGUGGCCCGUUGUUGACAGAGCGGUUGCGACGACGAAGCGCGACGCCACGUAAGAUUGGGAAGGGAAUGAAAAACUGUGAAUAUUAGUUUUGUAAGCGAGCGAGAGAGAGAGAGACCCACACACUUUGAUCGUAGGCAGUAAGGAAGAAUGCAUAACAGACACUCACACAUACAUACACAAACAUACACACAGAACUAGCCGUUAAGAGAAGUAUAAAUUUAUAUAUUUAUUUUUUACUUAGUAUCAGCGCUAAAACAAUUAGGAGUAAGAAUGAAAAAAAAAUCGCAAAAAAUAAGCAAAAACAAGCAAGCAUAAGGUUAAGUGUUCUUAAAGAUAGGCUCUGUAGCGUUAGACGAAAACCCAUGGGCGGAAAUGGCGGAAGAAAUUUGUCAUUAUUUUUUGGAGAUAUUUUGCGCGGUGGGGCCCUGUCGUCGGGGAAGGAACCACCCCGGUUUGUAAAUAUAGUGCACUAAGUGGAUGUGGUUCCGCGGAAACGAAAAGGAAAAUAUAACACGACUAAAGGGCGGCAAACAAGACUAAAACAAACUGAAACUGAUUGGCAAUCUUUUACGUUAGGUUUUUACUUCAUUCGGAGUUGUUUUCUGAUUUAGAUUUAGGAUGUGAUGCAUCAUUGAAUGGCUUCGUGUGAGAUAUUGAUGAGAAUUUGUUUUUUUUAUUAGUGGUUAUGAGCAACAGACUGAUAUUUUUGUUUUCCUUUUUAUUUAAGGCGAAUAAAGCAAAAUUUUGUAGAGCUAUAAUUUCUUGGAACAGUUUUCAUGGAAAUUUAGAAGAGAAGUCAUUUGCAUGUUCGUUUUGUUUCUUUGUUUUUUCUUGCUUAAAUGAUUUUGUUAUAAAUUUUCCUGUUUGUGUGGAAAACGUGAUCUCAUGUGAAAAAUAUUUGUUCCGCUUGUUUGUAUCUAGUCAAUGGUAUUAUUUUUAUUCUUGAAAUGUUUCUUCGAUUUUUAUACAUUUUUAGUUUUUUUUUCUAAAAUUGGAUAAAAACCGAAUGGCAAAAUGUAAAAUACAUUUCUUCAAUUUGAAAGUUUGCAAAUCAAUAAUUCUGAAUCACUCAAAAAACUGUUUUUCCUUAUAUUGUUAAGAAAACUUUUGUUUUCAGUUUUUACUUGUUUAUCUUUUUCUUCUAUCUGUCUGAAGCUAAGAUCUGACAGCUAUUAUUAUUGACCCAGGUUUUAACCCAAUGACGUAAACUAUAGGGCCUGAGAGUUUGCAAUUGAUAUUGAAUUAUUGUUUAGGAUAAUAUUCUUAUUUCUUUCAAAUAUUUAGUUAGAUUUUGGAUUUAAAAUUGGUAUACUAAAAAACGUAUUAGUCUAUACUAUUUCUGAUACGCUUUUAAAGUUGUUCACAUUUCAAUUUGAAAUGUUUUACAUUGUUAAAAGCUCUGGUAGGGUAACUACUUUUUAAUAAUUAAGUAAAUACUUAUUUCAGAUAAGAUGUCAGACCAUUCUGCUAAUUGAUCGAAACAAAUAGUCUCAGAAGAAAGAACAAACACAAUUAAGAAGGCUAUCUGACUUUCAGUCAGAUACCGGAUUGUGUAUAACUGACGACAAGAAGAAAAAUAAAAGGUCCCUGAAUGAUUUCUAGAACGAUUUUUUGUGUAAAUUCUUCAAGAAACAGCUGAAAAUCUUUUCAAGAGAAGAUUUUCGAAAAAGAUUUAAAAAAAAAUUUCAAAAAAAUAUCUAUAAAAAAAUUCUAAUACAAUCUCUGAUACAAACUUGAUAGGAAUUACUGAAAAAUCAUUAGGGUUAUGCACAGGGCAUGACCGCUAGGUAGAUGUUGGGCAACGAAAAGCCAUUGUUGCGAUCAGGGUUCGUACUUUUCGCUUCGAUGAGACGAAAACAAGCAAAUUUCGGGUCAUUCUUUUCUGUACUGGAAGUGAGCAAAAAAUGGUAACUACUCAUCAGAACUUCGCAAAAAUCUGCAUGAGAGAGCCUUGUCUGUACGGGAUAAUGAGUUAUAAUUACGAUUCUUGGUUGAGAUUGAUUUUUCUGCUAUCGCCAAGCGAUUGUGUAUUGUACUUUGAAGAAUAAUCUUCCCGGGAUAGCUUUCUUUUGUAUAAAAUGGUGAUCAUGAAAAGUAUCGAUUUACCUUCAUUUAUGUGCAUUCCAAUCAUUAACUGCAACAGAAACAAAAUCAAGCAAAAAAAAUUUUACUUGAGUGCUACUGACGCCGACAACAGUCAUGUCAUGGUUGUCCUUCAAAUCAUCGAAGAUGCUUCUUUAGCGAAUAACAUUCUCCGAGCAACAUUCUUCUCGGAUCAACUUUCUCUUGAGGUAAAUAGUGAUCCUAAAAAAACCGCCUGUUCAAACAUCAAAAGCAACAAAACCAAUAUCAGAAUCAAGCAAAAAAAAUACUCCAUGGCUGCUGAUGUUGACGAUAGCCACUUGCCGAUGGAACGCUACAGACGCCAUCCAUGCCAAUAAAUUUAUCGCAGUGUAUCCCCCCGACGCACGCUUUUGAGUCCGCUACCAUUCGGAUUGUAUUUUCUACCGUCGUCGAACAAUUGUGUUUUGUACUUUGAAGAAAAUUCGCUUCCAAUUCCUUCCGUAUAGAUUCGUGGUCCUGAAAAGAAUCGAUUGAUUUUCAACAAUGUGCAUUUUCAACCCGCUAGCGGUUGUACGUUGGAAAACAUCUUUUUAAAUCAUUUUUUUGUGAAUCUCACGAAAAAUAUCCCUUAAGGGAUACUACCGGCGAGAUUGCCAUCAAAUAAUUUUUAAUAUUUUACCAUUAAUAAUGAAAAGUUUCAAAGAAAUUGACAAAUUGGUGGAAAGUUUUUCAGUCGAUUAAAAUAUAGAUAGGGCGGGUGUACCAAUCGUCGCCAUAGUUAAGAACAAUCCUAUUUAUAAAAAUAUAAAUGAAAGGCACGUGGGUGGUGUUGAUAUGUCAUGCGGAGGUUUUCCCUUCCUGCUUCUUAGAACAAAUGUGAAAACCGCAUUAAAAUUCGUGAUAGUACCCAAAAUUGAUCAAUCCAUAUUAGGAACGCAUGUACUAUCCUAUUAUGGCAAAUUCCAUUGUUUUCUUAUGGGAUUGGCCAAAUUGGGACCAGUGACCGACAACUGGUGCAAAGGACGACAAAAAUUAACCAAAAUAUUUUUUUACAAUUUUUGGUUUGUUUGAUUUGGAAGAGAUUAAAGAUGUUAUAUUGUCAUAUGAAUGUGGUGAUGUGAUGUGCCACUUGGUGUAUUAUGCACUAGUGCGACAACUGGUGCUAUAGCCACGACUGGUACAUCUAGCCUAUCUAAAAUCCAUCGAAAGGGGGGGUAAAUUUUUAUAAAUUAAUUACCGUACACCCCCCAUCCAUCAUGUCUCAUCAGGUGGACGGAUUUCAGUGCUGUAUGAACUUUGGUUCCCACGGUAGAACAUUCUCCAUUUAAAUUCAAAAUCAAUGAAACACAAUUGUCGUAAAAAGGUUUCGGUGACGCUUAUGUUCAACUAAUUUCAGUCGUGUUAGUUACUGCUCACGAUUGGUUAUUUCGAAACAGUCGAAGAAAAAUAUCGAUGCGGGUUUGCUAGUCUCAAAUUCCAAACAUGAUGCAUAUUCCGAACACUCGCGUUUCAAUGGCUAUUUCGGAUCUUGAAUUCGUUUGUAAUCUUGAUCCUCAAUGUGAAAACUGGUGAAAAUUUUAGUUUGAGGGCGCUAAAACGCCAGUGUUCGGAAUAUGAGUCAUGUUCGGGAUUUGAGCCAAAACGGUACUGUGCCCCAAAGUUAUGAACAUAAGCGGCAAUGACAUAUUUUAGAAGGUUUUUUUUAUUUUCAAUAGGAGACAAACUUCAAGGAGUUUCUCUAGUAGCAUUUAAACAGCCCUUUGGCUUCAAAUGUAAGAAGAGUGUCUCCUGUUGCUGGUCUAGCGAAGUGUUCGCUCAUAACUUGUUGAGGUCAAUACAGAAAUAACCCGAUUUUAUCACCCCCUUGCAAAGGCAAAAUGCGUAUAUAGUACUCAUUAUUUCUCGCUUAACUUUUCAAAAGGACCUAAAUAACAUUUUUUCAUGAAUUAAUCUGAAUAGCGUAAUCAACAGAAAAAUAUGAAAGCUUUUGAUUGCAGUACUCAAAUUAAUUCAUGAAAAAAAUGUUACUUAGGUCUUUUUGAAAAGUUAAGCGAGAUUUCUUGUCGAAAAGGCUUACAAAAACUUUGACAGGCACUCAGAAAUGAUUCAUUAUAAACCACAAGCGGUGAAAGUUACUUCAUGAAUAUCGUUGUUGUUUGCAGUAUUGUUUACAAGAAUAAGAAGAGCCACUAAAACUUUCAAAAGUUUUUGGGGUGACAAAAUAGGGUCAAAAACGUGAUCCAAUCGGAUAUAAGGAGAUAUUUCUACCCAUCGUCGUAGGGGCUAAAAACAACGACAGCAACGUCCAAUUGCUAGAACUCCACUAUACCAGAACGUUUCUCCUGAGCUUACGAUUUGGUAUGGAUGAGUUUGGCUAAAAAGUAUCUCUUUUAUUGGUUUUCAAGACUAUGACGAAGGCUUAACCCUAGACAAAAUCGGAGAGUGAUAACAACAUGUCAACACUGUAUUAUGCUGUGAUAUAAACACCAAUGACUAGAGAUCUUAUCAAACUUUUCUGCGAAGUAUCCAGCGUUCCACGUUCGCCAUAAUGUCGGAUGCUGUAAAAAGUUUGACAAGAAUUGUUUCCAGACAUUGAACUGGAAUUCUCAUCUAAGCAAACCACGACCUGCCACUUUACCAAUGGCCACGGUAUACAGAAUCAAGGUAGGCUCGUAAAGAAAAUGACAGUUCAAAAGUGACGUGAUUGCUAUCGCAGUAUGAACAAGUGCAAAAGAAGACCAAACUCAAUCAUAGAGCGUUGGCUUGCUUCGUCCCUAGCAGCGAUAUCAGUGACGGCGAUAUCACGGCCGUGUAAAAAAAAAAUCCCAAACAAAAUUUUUGCAAAGUUGCUCCAUUUUGCAUGAUUUGUCGAGAAAUCAUAAAACUUUUUUUACACGGAUUUUCAAAUUUUGAAAUGAAAACUUUUUUAACACGGAACGCAUCCCCCGUGUAAAAAAAAGAAUCGGGUGUAAUGAAAUAUGUAGAUACUGUCUUUUGAAAAUAAGAAAAAAGGUGAAGAAAAUCCAAUAAAUAACGGUAAAAGAACUGCAGAUGGAUUAAACGACUUUCCUAUCAUAUCGGAAACUUAUGUCCAGUGGCUUGUCAGCUGCUAAUGUAGCCGAUGCAACUAUAAAGUCCUUGGGUGGUCUUCGAUUCCAUAAUUCCUAUGUAUUGUGAAAAAUCACUUAGUUCCAGACACAUUAAGAACCUACUGGGAUAUGAAAUUGAGUGCGAGUGAAAGCGCGUGACUGAAACGCUGUCGCACAUACUCGCGAUUCUAUCAAACGCUUCAUUCUAAUGUGGGUCCAUACACUUGCAAAUUGAAUUAAACGAAAUUUUGAGAAUUACUACCAUAGAGACACUAUUUAUUUUGAAGUUAAAAGAUAGUUGUUCAAGUUUUUGGAAUCGCUUACUUCAAUCAAUCAUUUUAGUAGUAACAAAGCAUAACCAUUAUCGGAAGUGCUAUCAAAUGAGACGACUACUUUUGAGUAGUCAUUUCUAAGUAGUGCGAAAAUGUCCAAAUGCAAAAUGGGCGGAUCCUAUUACGGGUAUGCGUAGUGCAGGCAAAAUCCUUGACAAAGUCUAACAUUUGCAUUGUUUAGUGAUACCGAGCUGAAUAGUGCAAUAGGUCUAAUCUUGGAAAUCAAUAUUUGCAAAAACAAAAUAUCGCAGGACAUCCAUCCCGGACUUUGAUAUUCUCUGUUGUGUCAAAUAUGUAAUCCAUAUGGGAGCAUUCGGCGUACCAUAAUAAUUCGGCAAUUCUACAAGUAGAAUGAUGUAACGCAAGUCGAGUGAGGAGUUCUAUUGUCGGAAUCAAACGUUCUAGAAAUCUAUUCGCCAAACGAGCAUCCGGGAUAGUAAAGUUUGAUGGAGGGCAUCUAAAUAAUCUGUGACAUUCUGUGCACAAACAAUAAAAAAAGCAAUAUUUACAGAGAUUUUUUUUUAUUCGUUUAUUUAUUUGGUAAGGCACUCUGUGUUCUCAACCGCUACUGUGCCGUGAUCUACUGUGGUAUUCUGCUGCCCAAAAUCCACACAGAAUCUAUUUUUAGAUAUCCCUAAUUCGUUAUUGUUGUCGUUUACCAGUUCAUCGCAUCGUGAGUCCAUUGUGUCCACUUGUCCGUAUGGUGUAUCCAAUGAUCGUUGCUUUGUACGGUUGCCAUUUAUCGAGGAUCGUUGGAGGAAUGCCUCCGAGAACAGUUUUGUCAGUCGUCAUCAGGCAGCCGUGUCGGUUAGGCGCGUCUCCCAAAACGCCACCGUACGAACUGCGCUUCCGGCGACUGACAAGGGUUUUGUUGAGGGGUUGGGGGGAAUCGAAUCCAUGACCAUUCGCUUAUGAGGCGAACGUGUAGCCAACUACGCUACGGGAUUCUAUAUCAAUUAUAUAUCAAUUCUAUGAAAGUCAUUGGUAACGAAGAAAAUCGACGUUUGCUUGGACGGAAAUUUCAGUUCUGUGUCGGGCUUGCGAUUAGCGGCAGUAUAUGCGGAGACGGGACUUGCAAAGAGGAAAAAUAGGGACGUCAUUUGCUUCCCGGCAAUCGGUCUCACAAACUGUCAGAUGCAUACAGCAGCUUUUGUGUGAUACUGUUGAAAUUCUAUAUAAAGUAGUCCACAUAUUUUUUUUACAAAGACUUUUUCAAAAAAAGUAUUACAAAAUAGCCGGACUGCCUAAUAUUAAACAGUUAUAAAUAUGUUAUUUAAGUUAUGUUAUUUUUAUUGUGCUAAGAAGAGCAUACACUGAACUUAAGUGAAGCAGUUGAAAAUCCAUGGUCAACUAUGAUGAAUACAAGAGUCAAACCAAGGAAAAAGAAGCAGCAUCUUCGCAAGUCUCGACAACUCAGUUUAUAUGAAGAGUUGAUUUCUUAAUUGAAAAAUUGUACUCGGUUGUAGACCUUUAAAAAUCUAGCGAUUCUGGAAACAUUUGAAGUAAAAGCUCACAUAUUGGUGAAAAAGAACAUUAAUUUAGUCAAAAUAAUACAGUCAAACCUCAAUGAGUCGAUAUUGAAGGGAUCAUCGGCUCAUGGAAAUAUCGAGUUGUGGAACAAAAAAUGGAAAUGUCUAUAGAGGAACCAUCACAGAAACCCAAAACAUAUUUUUUAAUAUGACAUAAUUUGCUUCCAUGAGUCGAUAUCGAGUCAUAAAACAUCGACUAAUGGAGGUUUGACUGUAAUGAAAAAGGGUUUAAAAACCAAUCUCACGAAUGAAGUAGUUGGAUGUGCAAUGGAUGGAAUUACCAGCGGUCCACCACCGGGUACAUUGAGCUGCCCACUUCUGGAAAUUGUAGAUUUUUGUUUGCUCAGCAAAUUUACACGACACAAACAUUUUGCAUCACAUCACAAAGUAUAAUACCUACUCGCCACUUUCCAAUGUUUUGCUGCGACCUAUGAAAUGGAAAAAUUUGGAAACGCAACAGUCAACAAACUCAGUCUACAAAAUGCAUUUAUUCUUGAGCUAAACACUAAUGAAGCGAGCUCCAGGGUAGGAUCGAUGUGCCGAUAAUAGUGAUACAUAUUAGAGACAGGUCCAUGUUGUUUAAUUCACAACACUGAUAAGAAUACAUUUCUUGUAUAGUGAACAUAUUGGCAGAAAGCUCUUCUUCUCUGAUGCUUUUCGAGAAAAAUAAUGUUGGUGGGGGAAAUGACGUCUUUGGCAGGUUUUGUUCUAUUAUUGACAGAGGGGUUUUGUUUAACUAAUUAUCCCCAAAUUUGGCCUAAACAUUAUUUGCAAAUCAAAGAAUAUUGUGGUUAAAUUUCAUAAAAUUUGGUUAACAAAAACCUCCCUGACAAUAAUUGAACAAAACCUGCCAAAGCCGUGAUUUCCCCCAUCUUAAAAUAUUGUUUUCCUGUCGAAAUCGCUUCCUCCAUUAAGGGGCCUGAACUUCAAAGUACUGCAAAUAGAUAGGUCAAGAAAUGGCCAAUGAAUGAUUCCGCUACUGAAAUUCUCGAGCAGUACAGAUCUGACAAGUCGUGAAAAUUUUGUAAAGCAAAUAACGCCUGCUAUGUAAACUAAAUCUAACUGUCACUUUUCCUAGCGGUAAAAUAUUCAUUCGCAUUAGGGUAUCCAAUCAUGGUUUGAACCAAAUGGCGGGUUCCAGAUGAGCCGUCAAAACAAAGUUGAUUUAUUUCAUUAAAGGGACAUGUUAGAACUGCGAUUUCUAGUUUAUAUGGAAGCUUAGUUCAUUAUCUUUCUAAAUACAUCCUGGGUGCUCAUAUUUAUGCUUAGUUUAAUUGAAAAAACUUAAUAAUUACAUAACUUUGAUUCGUACCAUGGUUUGAACUACACUGUUCAUGGUUUGAACUAAAAUCGUACCAUGGUUUGAACUACUGCAGCAGCCAGCAGCUCCUAAAUAUAAUACUAAUCACAUGCAUGAAACGCUGAGGAAAUCUAUAGAAAAGCAAAUUUGUUUUACUAUUCAUCUUCUCGCAUUAGAUUAGUAACUCGAACCGUGUGAAAAUCGUCUAAAUUAUCGAUAUGAAAUUUGCGAUUUAUUAUAUUGGAAAUGUAAACAAAAUGCUCCAGCUAGGCGCAUGCAGCGCUCCUAGCGGACAGCAGCAGAACAUGACUGCAUUUACAAGUUCAAACCAUGGUACGAAUUUAGUUCAAACCAUGAUCAGAUUUUACCUUGUAAAAAUCUUACUAUUUUAACUAUUUAAAACUGUUUCUAAAUUGUAUGAUGAUGUCAAUCGAUUACAGAUAAAAAUAGCAUUCUUUUGAUAUAUUGAUCUCUCUCCUGUGUCAUAAAAUGCGUCCUUUACGAGCUUUUUGAAAUUAUGCCACUGGUGGGGGGAAUUUAGCGCCAAUCCAGGACUUUUCUAAAUCGCUUUAUUUUUUUACUUAAACAAUAUGUACGAAUGUUUAAAUAAACUUUUUGCAAUUCCUGAUCAUAAUACCUGGUUUACAGUUGUCGUUUGAGUGAUAAAACGGCCUACUUUUCCAUACCAUUGAAAUGGGUGCUUUAAUGAACAUAAUGCAACUCAAAUGGGUUGCAUAAUAUCCAUUAUAGCACUCAUUUGGGUGCUAUAAUGAAAAACCAGCAUAAGAACAAUAGUUAUAUGACCAGAUGUAGCUCAAUUAACUUGGUUGUGUGUUCAAACAGUGUAUUUUCUGUGUCACGUAAUUAAUGGAAUAAUUAAAUGGACAUGACAUCAAUUUUUCUAAAAGCUGGUUCAUCUAUUGCUUUAUGGUCUGUCGAGCAGACAAUGUGGCACGAUAACAUGAAAUAUGUUUGUUUUCUGCAGCAGCAUGACAUUUUGGUAAGAUUGAUCAUGUGAAGUAAAUACAAUUGUACAUUUUGGUACAGAUUUAUCACAUUAAAGCCCAUUUUUCGUCAUUGCAAAAAAUAGCGUGUUCAACUCGUUGCAAAACUCGAUUUUUUCAGCACUCGUAGUAUUUAUCCAACUCGGCAAGCCUCGUUUGAUAAACGUACAACUCGUGCUGAAAAAAUCAUCUUUUUGCAACUAGUUGCACAAACUACUAUUAUCACUUCCUGUAUACCUAAAUAUGCCAUUCAUACUGUUUUAGGUUCAUUUCCUGCCAAUGAGAUGGUAAUUUCUACUGAUUUCAAAAUGGUUCAAACCAUUGGAUUGGAUACCCUACUGCAGAAAUUGAAGCAAAUUUUUCUUGGCCGCUCUCCUUAUGAUCUACGUAGGUACUAGCCUACGUAAAACUGGAACAUGGACAGGAAAGAAUGCUACAAGCUAAUUCAUGUCCCUAUGAUAGUGAAUCCCAUUAUUUUCUUAUUGGAUUCACUAUUACAGAAACGCUUCACCUAAUAUUAUUGGUUCAAAGGAAUCAAAAAGUUAAGGAAAAUUAUGUUUUAGUAUCACUAUCACAAUCAAAUUUUAAGUAAGCGCUAUGCUAAGAAGUAUUUUUUAAUAAUCAAAAUAUUCCAAAUCCCCCGAAAACAAAGUUUGGGGCUGUCCACAAACCACGUAGACCGAAAUUUCACUUUUCAAACCCCCCCGUCCCCCCUAGUAGACUUUCGUAGACUUUUUCAAAACCCCUCCCUCCCCCCCAUGAUGUCUACGUAGACUUUACCAAAUUUUACAAAACAUCAUGUGAUUGGAAAAAUAUGGAAAUCAACCACGUUUUAAGUAAUUCAGCUAUUCAAUUCCAUUUACAUGUAAACAUUACAACAAAAUUCGAAUUUCAAACUUAACAAAAUCACACUGAGCAAAAUCCAACAAAACCAAAAUCAAAUUGAAACGAAAUCAAAUUUAAUCCUCUGUCCCUAAAUCCUAAAAUCAAAUCUAAAACCCAAUUAAUUUAAUUACUGUUGAAUUCAACUCCUCCUAGAAGUGUGCACCAUCAUUGCCGACAUUUCUGCAUCGGAGCGCCACUGAUAAAAUCUAUCACACAUCUGACCUAUAAUUCUCAACGCCGGUUCACAAUUGUGAAAAUCGUGAAUUCACAGAAUUUAGAAAAAUUUCGAGUUCAAAUUUCGAGAAUGUCUAAUAAGUUUUGCGUGGAAAUUUCGUAAAAUUUCCCAAUUGAUAACAUUGAAAUACUCCAAAUAACUCUCCGUGAUAGUUCCGAUGCUUUUCUUGAAAAUUCCAUGUAAUAUCCCGCUGAAUAAUCAUCUGUUGAAAUCCCAAGAUUUUUCUUCUAAAUUCCAAAAGUUUCCCCGUUAAAAAACCGAGUAAUUUUCCGUGAAAAUUUAGAACUAUUUCCCGAGGUAAUUUUUAGUUUAAACGGACAUUUUGAAAUAUUUCCCAUGGAAAUUUAGAAUGGUUCCCUACGAUAUUUUUUAAUUUGUCUUGCAAAUUUGGAGCCAUUUCUUGAGGAAAUUUAAAUAAAUUUUAUGGGCAUUCCAAAAAAUAUUUUCUGAAUAAUUUUCGGUGCAAAUUAUGGAGAAUUUUCAGUUGAACUUUUUGUGAACUUCUUGUAAAAAAUUCGAAUAAAUUUUCAUGAAAAUUAGUAGGGCUUUGUUACAAAAAUUGCAAAUAUUUUUUUUUGUGGAAACUCAAACUGUUUCUGCUGGGAAAUUCAAAUAAUUUCUCGUGGGAGUUUUCAGCAAUUUAUUUAGAAAUUCCGAAAAUCGAUAAUUCCAAAGAAUUUGCAUUUGAACUGCCGAAGAAAUUUACGAAUAAGAAUUUUCCACGGGCAUUUCGAAGAAUAUCUUUUGGGCAUUCCAAAGACUUUUUCUUGGAUAUUCCAAAAUACUUCCUUUGUAAAUUAAAAAAAAUCCGUUCAAAUACGACUUAAUUUCCAUAGUUUGCAAAGAAGUUCCUGCCGAAAAUCAAAUGAAAUUCUAGUAGAAUCUGCAGUAAAAUCCAAGUGAAGACUUUGAAAAAAAAUCGAAAUUUUAUAUAGAAUACUUUGGAGAAUUUUCUUGCUCAACACAGAACAAUUUUCUAGUGAAAUCCAUGAUAGUUUUAAGCCGUAGCUCAGACUUUUACUUCUUUAGUGAAAUUCAUUAAAUUUUUAAGGAGAAAUGCAAAAGAUUAUUUCGGUAAAGUCAUGCAAAAAAAAACAAAAAAAAACAUACCAAAAAAUCGAGUUUCGCACUAUGCUGCUGUAUAAAUCAAAUCGCUUUUAAAAAACAUUAAAUUAAAAAGUCUACGUAGACUUUUGGUAUACCCCUCCGUCCCCCUUCGUAGACUAUCGUAGACUUUUUCAAAACCCCUCCCUCCCCCUCAAGAGUCUACGUGGUUUAUGGACAGCCCCUUUCCACUAUUACCGGUACAGCCACCCUACUUUUGGCAUUUAGGUGAAUUCAUGAUGGAUUGUACAAUAAGCAAAAAUUUCAAAUGUCUUGUCAAAUUCCAAUAGAGGUUACAAACUAUAAAGGACGAUUGUCGCUGUUGUCACUGCUAAAACAGUAGUCCACCGGUCCCCAGUAUCUGUUAGCUGGUAGCGGUUUUAUUUGAUGAGAAAAUUGCUUAAAAAGCAGUGUUGGAAGAAUCAUAUUCAAAUCUCAAUAAUCGAGGCUUCCGGCACGAGAUAACUCGCUUGCAAUUCUGUGGAGAAAGCAUCGCGCUUGAGUUUCUCGGACAUAAUCGCAUCGCUGAAAAAUAAUUUCGCUCUAAAACGCGACAGGAUAGGCGAGGAUAGGGGAGCUAAAUGUCAAAGAAGGAAAAUCCAUACGAUUUGACAGGUAUGUACCACACAUGUUUCGGACAGCAGAACAAAGGGAACCGAAGCGACAAUCUUUAUCUAGUAACUAAAAUAUCUUUUGGAGCAACGCAUAACUGUUAUUUUCGUAAUUCCAGCUGUGGUGCGUCGCAGCAUGCGUGGAAUAAUAAAAAUGAAAGUGGCUUCAUUUUUGAAUGGGGUUCUCUUGAAAUCGCGAUUGCAUUUGGUUUUGACAAGCGGGAGGCAUGUCCUUAAGUGGAAAAAGUUUUUUUAUAUCUUUAUUAAAGAGACUUUCAGCCCAAGGCUGGCUCGUCUUGUAGAAAGUGAAAAAAGUUAAUUCAGUGCAUUCAACAUUGAAAAAAAAACACGCAAAAGUCAUGCAAUGUUGCAAGUCACGAUUCGAAUCAUGAGCGAUUCUGAUGGGAUUGAGAAUUUGAGAUUUUAAAUACCAACACUGGAAAAAGUCAAUGUUUACGUUUGCGACUUUAGCCCCUAUGAAACAACAAUGUCGAUAUGCGACACCGUCCGCAUCGUGAAAUUUUCAUAAUUGUAAAUAGCGUCCAACCAUGCAAACGGAAGUGCAGUAUUUCAUUUUAUUUAUUGUUUAACGAUCGAUAUGUUUGGCGAUCGAUGCAUUCAUUCAUCGACUUUGUCCUGCAACUUCAUCUGUCAAACAACAGCCACUAUGUAUGUUAAAACAUAAACAAUUGGCAUUUCAAACAGCCAGUCAAUCUGGUAUAAACAUAUAGAAUUGCUUUUUUAAAUGUUGAUUGCAUCAACAGCGUUAAUUUAACACAAAACAAUUUCAACAAAUGGUACUUGAAACAUCAUUUCGGAUGUUAUCGCAAUAUUUAUUCUUACUACAUCUUGAUUUAGAUUUUGUAUCCAAUUCUCAGUUUUCAAUAUAAUACAUUUUUAGUUAUUUACAUUAUUUUAAUAAAUGAGUCAGCCUCUAUCAAUAGAAAAUAAAAAGCAGUAGUUUUUUGAGAAAAGUGCCGAUUUAACAAACAUUUGUUCGUCGAGACAUACUUUUUUAUUGAGAGUGCACCUGUUAUAUAGGUGCUUCACACCAUACAAUACAAUAAAUGUUUUCCGGUUACCUUAAAUGUUGGUACCAUACAGCAAUUCUUCUGCAAUUAUUUUUAUCGAUGGUUAAAAAAAUUUCCUUUUCCGAUUUAUUUAUGAUAAUUUUGGUUUCAUACACCUACAAUAAACUGUACUUGCUAAAAUGAUUUUGGCGAAGCUGAACAUAUUUUGUUAAUUUACGCGAUUGUUCGAAUAAAACUGGUUAUAGAGAAUUCCGCAAACAUUCAGAUGAAGUGGCAUUUUUAAUAAUGCCAAAUCUCAGUACUGCUGAAUCGCACCAAGCGCCAAAAAAGACGCUUUUUCUCCCAAUUGGUCACAAAUCGUACUGAACAGGUACUGAAUAUCCGUCAGCCCUGAAACAAAGGAUGUCCCACAACAAAUGUAUGCAAUUAAUUUUUUUUUGAAAUAAUUUCCAUUACCCUUUUACCACUAGAAAAAAUACAAGUCAGACAGAGAAGCGUUUGGUGCAGUUUCGCAGAACCCCGACCACAUGGAUUUCGAAAGGCUUUUAGUUCGGCUCAAAUUUACCCCAAAGUCUUUCCCAGAAUGGGCUAACUGGGCAGAUUCUGAUCUUGAGUAGGUAUUGGUGUAAGCCUCAAAGAAGAUGAUCCUAGAACUCUAGUGUAGCCUCUUUGAAGUUACCAAAAUGGUUUCCAAAAACUUACCAAGUUUCUACUGACUGAAAUAUUCCAUCAGUCGCAUCCGAUAUUUUAUUUCUUGGAUGUGGAUCGCAGAGUGACCCAAUUCACCGGUCAGCUCAAGGGAUAUUUUCCAACAAACACAACGCAAACCAAGUAUCCACUGAAUUAGAGCAUCUAUCCCACAGGAGCUCUGUUCUGAUUUCGAUGCUUUUGCACAUUUGUACAGACAAAAAAAAUGAUUAGGAGCUGCGAAGUUUUCAAAUGAGGACUUUCAAAACUGUUAAUUUUUUUUUGUUAACGGAUCUCAGCAAGGUACAAUGGUGUGAGAAGUUCGUGCUGAUGUUUGCGCUCAUUAUUUAUUACAUAAUAAUCUAAAUGAUAUAAUUUAUUUUUAUUUUUUGGCGUUGUUAUUUGUGUAAAUUUUAUGAAUUUUGUUUAAAAGAGAAGGAUUUUUUUUUUGCGAAAGUUGCUAAAAUGGCUGAGAUCUUGGAGCGAAUUAGCUAGUUAUUGUUUUUAUUUUCAUGUAUUUAUGAAUUUUUCACUUGUUUGAAAAUCAAUUAGUUUUGUACACAGCCUUAAAGAAUCAAAGAAGAAUGACAAAUUUCUUCCUCCGAAUCAGACCCAUGCUAGUUUCCGCAUAAUAAGAAAAAAAAAACACGUGGUAUGAAAGUUCAUUUCCAUGAAACUGUACAUUGAACAAGAAGAGAGGUUACAAGAAAAAAUAUUUAAAAUUACAAAAAAUGACUAAAUCGAGUUGAUUGAAAACAUUUAAUAAGCAAACAAAAAAAACAAGUAACACUUUAAAACAAGUUAGCUGAAGAUCGGUGCUUUUUUCAGAUUACAAGGGAAGAACUUCGAAAAAUCUCGAACCUAUAUUUACUGGAUUUUUCGACGCAAAAGUUUAUCUCUUAGUCUCACUAACGAUUUAAGGAUUAACCAAGUACAUUUAAUGAAAUUGAAUGAACACAACAAGUAAACAAACAACACGCAUACGUAUAGUCGCUCGCAAAAGCUGGGACUAGAAAUACUUUGAUAGGGAUAAACAGCACCGGACCGGAUAUUACUACGCGAAGAGUUGCUCUGCCCUGACGACGAGGAAGGACCAGUACAAGAAUCAUUCAAAAGAGUCCAGUGGCAAGCAGCUUGCUCUAAAAUCUAAACUAACCUUAAAGUUCUAUGCCAAUUUUGCAAACAGUGCGCAGGUACUGCAGUAGAACGAGUAGUCUUUCUCAAUGCGAGAAUAGUUGCUCAUCAGCUUCGGAUUUCUUCAGAACCUUGAAAUAAACCUAAGUGGCACGCGUUUCGAAUUGGACAGUUGUUUGACCAAUUGUGACUCGAAUCAUACUUCAAAUUUCAAAAUCAUUUUUAAUAUUUGCGUUUUAGAUUAGCAUCAGUUAUCGAAUAGUUGGUUCAACAAGUUGCUCAUGAACUAUCAUAAAUAAAAUGACAGACACUGAUCGUUCUAAUCCAAUUAGACGCCUAUGGUCCCUUUGGUCAAACAACUGCUCCUAAUUCAAAUGCGCUGUCAAUAAAUCAACCAACCAAGUAACCCCUUGACUACACACACUAAUGAGCACAAACAUAGUGAUAUAAGAAAACUCUGAGCUACGUAGGUCGCUGUUCGUGGGAGUGGUCUUUCUGUUCCCAUUUAACGAUUUCCGGAGUUCUCAAACUGUGCCCGCAAGGCAGAUGCAAUAACCCACCGUUUUAGUUAAUUCCUUCCCAAUUUAAAAAAAAAUCUAACCCAGAUCACUUUUUUCUUUCCAAUGCCCAUCAAUUCCCUCGUCUUGUAAAUGUGAUGUUUGUUGAAAACAAGUCUUAUUAGUUUUGUUUGUAUGUUGUAAACCAGUAUAAGUAAGCGAAACAAUUGUGUACUGUGUACAUUGGAGAGAAUAAAGAAAUGUAUUAAACGAUAAGAAAUUUUCUAUUGAAAUUGAUAUUUGCAGCUAGUACUGAAAAAAAUAAUAUUGAAACAAACCAGUUGAUGGAGGUUUAUAUUUUUUCCUAUUCGAUAAUUCGCAAAUCAACUCUCUAUAAGAGACAAAACUCAUAGCAUCGGAUUAGAGCUAAUGCGCAGAAAUGUUGACCGUUUCACAAUCGAUUCCGUUCAUUAUUUGCUUAUUGUUUUGUUUUUAUUUUCUUGUUUUCGUCUGUUAGCAAAUGAGUGACUGAUUAAAGAAAGAUAGAAGAAAAAAAUGUUGGGGUUUCUUUCGGUUCAUCAAUUGGAACUGAGUCGGCAAUUGUUUAGUGAUUUAGUAAGCUUAGUAGGAUUAAAGCCAAAAACAAACGUCGCAAAUCUAAAUUCGCCUGUAAGCUAAGACAAAAAAAAAUCCUGUGAGAGAAGAGCAUCGACUGAUUAAACUUAGUGGAAUAUGUAUAGUGGAAAACCCCUCAAGCUCUUAAUUAGUAAUUUGUGUUUUGUUUUAAACUAAAUUGGCACACGUGUUUUUAUUAGGUAAGCACGAUCGUUUUGCGAAACAAUUCUCGUUAGUUGUCCUGUUCGCUCGAUCGUUGGUUAUAUGUUUGGAAACGAAAAGCCCAUGUCAUCCACACAAGCAUUGGAGAAAUUUUGAAUUUGUAGUCUUUAGAGAAAUAUUUGCGAUGCUUGGUAGCUUGUUAGGCACACUGGAGAGUUGUACAGACGAGACUCGUUUUUAUAUAGUUUCUUAUAUAGCGGAUAAGCAAAACUAUGAUAAGAAGGCAACAGCAAGAGAUACGAAUUUCGGCAUGAAAUGAAAAAUGGAAACUCUCAAACCUGCAAAUAUUAACUCUUAGAAUGGCAUCAAUAGCUUGUAGGAACCAAAACAAACCAGAAACAGUACUGAAUUUGUAAAAAAGUAAAAAUUAAACUAAAACUUAGAUUAAGGAUAUCCAUUAUUGUAAUCUGUAAUCUUGAAAAGUAACAGUUAAAUGAACAAAUACGAUAAUAAUAAUAUUGAAGCAGCGAUGCUAUGGACAAAACUCUUUAUAAAAAUAAAAAUCUUCAUUGAAAA